AUGGCUACUGUGGCGAGGCGCAGGCUGAUACGAGAUCUCAAGAAGCUGCAGUCGGAUCCACCGCAAGGAAUCAGCGCAUCACCAGCAAAGGAUGACAUCAUGAGUUGGACGGCCGUGAUGUUUGGUCCGGACGACACUCCGUGGGAGGGUGGAACGUUCCAGCUUGAGGCCGCCGGAUUUUUGCAAGGUUAG